AUGCGGCAAUUAUUAACCGCUAUUUCUAUGAUAUUAAGCAUAACUUCGCAACCAGAUUGCUCAAUGAAAUUUGCUUAUCGUUCGUUCGCCAAUUUUACUCGAUCCAUUAUAUCGAAUCUCAGCCUGGAUCAAUGUCUAAAAGCGUGCCUUUUUGCCGAUCAAACUGAUUGCGGAUCUGUUCUAUAUUCGCAUCGUAAACGGAUAUGUUUGCUAAGUGUUCAUACGGCUGCGAAUCGUCUUAACGCUCUUCCAGCAGAAGAGAAAGUUGACUAUUAUCAUCGAAUUUGUAACAAAUACUACAAAUAUGAUCAUUUUAGUCAUCUAAAGGCAUCUACAGCAACUAUUGAUGACGGUUGUUUCAACAGGAUCGAGGGAAAGGUCUUGAUUGGUGUGAUUGACGAACUUAUCCAAGAAAUUUCGGAAUCACAAUGUCUGAAGGCAUGUCGUAAUGCGAAAACAAUGAGCGAUAUCAUUUGUAAAGCAGCCAUUUAUUAUCCUAAAGAACAAGUGAAUCUUUGUUAA